AUGUUUACGACGUUUCUAUGACAACACACACACACACAUAGACUGUUAUUGUUGACAAACAAACAAUCAUUUUGUUGAAUGUUUUGGUUUUGUUUUGGUUUUUCUAUUGGACUCUCAAUAGUGUACUGUAGUUGUCAUUACAUAGACAUUGGAUCAGCUGUUUUUUCGGGCCGUUUUGACCAUCAAUAACAUUACCGCUGCUGCCGUUGUAUACCGCUAAACCCGAUAGACAGAUGAUGGCCACAACAAUAACAGUCGAAGACUUGUUUGACGAGCUGUCCAAAGAAAAUCGCCGACUAAUUGGCGAACUAAGGUUUUGUCACCGAUAUGUCCAACUGUGCGACCGAUACAGACAGUUGGCCAUCAAUUUCCGAGAUCGAUGUAUUUGCGACCAGAAUGUCGCCAACGAAGCCAAACUCAAUAACUUGGAUCUGGUCUACGAUAGACUACUUGAGGACAGUCGCAAAUGGCUGACAAUAAGACGACGGAAGAGUAAGGAAAAAGUUAGACAAACAACUAAUCAGUUGAUUGGUGUCACCGAUGGUGUUGGUGAUGAUGGAGAAGAACUACCGGUUAAACAUAAAGAAGAGAUGGUUGACAACGCCGACGACGAAAGCGAUGACAAUUGGCAACAAAUGGACGUUGAAGACAAUUUUGUGGACAAUUGGGACACCAGUGGUGGUGAAGAAGACUGUUACGAUCGAGAGUUUAAGCCCAAUAGGAGUCUAAUUAAGUCAAUAAUGUCAACAAUAUUAUCGUCGGAAGUGAAGGACAAGCCGAUGCCGACGACUACUACUAAGCCAACGACGACUACGUUGUCGACGAAGAAGAAGAAGAAGAGAGGGCCGCCAAAGAUUUACACGUGCGAGACGUGCGGCAAAACUUUUCAACAUAAAUAUAGACAUAGAGAUCACGUAGAGAAGCUGCACAGCGGUGGUGGCGAUGAUGACAAUGACGGCAACGAUAGUAACAACGACGACGACUUUAUGAGCAGAGAUAAUGACGACGACCUCAUGAGCGGAGAUAACGACGACGACGACGACAGCAAUAAUACAAUAGUGGAGAACAAGAACAAGAAUAGGAAGAAUAGCAGUGAGUUGUUUAAGAAGAUAAAUACGAUUCAAAAAUGGAAAUCAAAUCGAUUGGCGACAUCGCAAAAGACAUCGAUGAUUAUGAAGAAGAAGAAGAAACGUGUGUCGCUAUGCUAUACGUGCCAGACGUGCGGCAAAACAUUUGCCCAUAAAUAUCGUCUGCAACGACACGAAGAGAAACAACACGGCGAUGACUACUUUAGUCGACAGUUUGUCUGUUCAGUUAACGGCUGUGGUCGACGAUUUCGGGUUCACAGAUCGCUGUACAAACACUGUCGGGAGGAACACUCUGCCGAUAACUAUACAGAGUUUCAGUUUAGGUGUCCGCGCCAGGGAUGCGGUAUAGCAUUCAAAACACAAAUGGGUUUCGACCGCCACCUGGAACUGCACGACGAAACGAAAAAAACUUACGGCAAACACCAAUGUCUGUGGCCGGGCUGUUCGUUCAGCGCUCAUCGAAAGAUAUUGGAAAUACAUCUGAAUCGUCAUCAGGGUAUCAAACCGUAUGUAUGCGACGAUCCGGGCGGUUGUCAACAGAGAUACUAUGCCGAACAUGAACUGAGACAACAUAAGAAACAAGAACACGGCCCGAAAUUGCUGCCGACCACUGAUGGCAAUGGCGACACCACCGAAGCAGCAGCAGCUGACCAGUUGGCCUAUCGGUGCGAUACAGAUGGCUGCGAUCGUAGUUACGCUACACCCAGGCAACUGAAACUCCAUAAGCGCCAACACGACCGCAUCUAUAAAUGUUCGUGGCCCGAAUGCGACCAAACCUAUUACAAUAGUGUUACGAUGCGGGAUCAUAUGGACAGGCAUUUGAAUGUCCAGCGACAUAAGUGCCAGUUUUGUCAGCGCGGCUUUUUUACCCGCAAUAAUUGUUUGGCACAUAUGCGCCGAAUUCACAAGUUUGUACCGCCGAAAGUUCGGGAACCGUACGCCAAUCAUGUUAGGCAACAACAACAACAGCACAAUAAAAAUGCCAAUAAUAUUACUAAUAUAGAUAAUAACAACAUCACUAAUGUUGAUAACAUCACUAAUGUUGAUAACAUUACUAAUGUUGAUAACAUCACUAACAAUGAUGAUAAUAACAAUAACAUCACUAACGAUGAUAAUGUUUUACCGGUAAUCACUAAAUAAUGACAACACAAU